AUGUUUUACACUAAACAAUGCUUUCUUUGGGAACUAUAUGUAGAUUUUAGCUUGAUUAAAAUGUAUUCUUUUAAGAGAAGGCAGACUAGGAAAUGUUGCGAUUGACGUCACUGCCAUUAUACGAUACGCUGAGAGGUGCUGCACAUGAUUAAGUUUGCCGUUACGCUUUCUCCAAUGGUAAAAGACACAGACCCUCUCAUCUCCCUAUAAUAUACAAUCUCUGGUAGAUCUCCAGAAAAAGGUUGUCUAGUGUUUCAUUUCUAUUCAAAUGUGCUCCGUCUGUUUGAUGUACGUGUUCAUACUGGUAUUCGUUCACUGAAGUCUGUGAAGUUUAAUGGAGCCUGUUGUCAGAAAAUGCACAUUUGCAUGAUUUUAUAACAUUUACAGGUAAGAGUAUAACCAUAAAAUGUAAGUUUUGUGCUGAGGGAAACACAUGUCAUAACCUGGUUUGAAAACCACUAGUGUAUUGAGUAUAAGGUCUAUAGAUGGGAUGGGCAAUUCUGGUCCUGGAGGGACACUAUUCUGCAGAGUUUAGCUCAAUUCCUGAUCAAACACACCUGCAACAUUAACUCAACCCCAUUAUUUAAUCGUAAAGGCUGAUUUAUACUUCUGUGUCAGACCUACGCUGGAGCCUCUGCACCGUAGUCUAUGCGACUGUUUUCAUUUAUACUGCCGUUGUCCAUGUUGACAUGCAUGCAGACCACUGGUAGGCAGUGUCCAUGGUCAUGUUGAGGAUCAAGGCCAAAGAAGCAGCAGCUUGUCAUGUACAUUGUGUACAUGUACAUAGACACGUAACAUUUUCAAAGAGGUGCGCGUCAGGCUGCAUUGUACAGGCUGCUCAACCUACGCCCUACCUACGGCAUACACAACGCAGAAGUAUAAAUCAGCCUUAAGUCUUCAGGAAUGCUUGAAAAUUGAAACUUAACUCUGCAAAAGAGUGGUCCUCCAGUACCAAAGCUGCCCAUCCCCGAGCCAUAAGAUAGGAUAGGGUAUAGAUCAUACAUGUUGUUGAUUUUGAUGCUUUAAAUGUCUAAAUUGUUUUAUAUCUAUUUUUGCCCUAGACCUAACGGCACUGAAAGAGGCUAGCCAUGAACUUGAUGAAAAAGAAGAAACAAAACAUUAUAAUUCCAUGACUGGAGAAAAAUCAUCACAGGUUUCCUCACAAAAAGGAGCUCAAAAGGCAGGAACUAAAAGUUAUUUCACCUGCCAACAGUGUGGAAAGACUUUCAAACAUAAAAAACACCUUAAAGUUCACAUGAGAAUUCACACUGGAGAAAAGCCUUACACCUGUCAAGAGUGUGGAAAGAGUUUCAGUCAUAAAGGAAGCCUUAUAGCCCACAUUAUAAUUCACACUGGAGAAAAGCCUUAUACCUGCCAACAGUGUGGAAAGAGUUUCAGUGACAAAGGAAACCUUAUAGUCCACAUGAGAACUCACACUGGAGAAAAGCCUCAUACCUGUCAAGAGUGUGGAAAGAGUUUCAGUCGAAAAGGAAGCCUUGUAGCCCACAUGAGAAUUCACACUGGAGAAAAGCCUUAUACCUGUCAAGAGUGUGGAAAGAGUUUCAGUCGAAAAGAAAACCUUACAGUCCACAUGAGUAAUCACACUAGAGAAAAGGCUUACACCUGUCAAGAGUGUGGAAAGAGUUUCAGUCACCAAGUACACCUUGAAAUCCACAUGAGUAUUCACACUGGAGAAAAGCCAUACACCUGUCAAGAGUGUGGAAAGAGUUUCAGUCAUAAAGGAAGCCUUAUAGCUCACAUCAGAAUUCACGUUGGAGAGAACCCAUUCGCCUGCCAACAGUGUGGAAAAAAUUUCAUUGGAAAAGGAAAACUCAAAAUCCACAUGAGAGUUCACACUGGAGAAAAGCCUUACACCUGCCAACAGUGUGGAAAGAGUUUCACUGUAAAAGGAAGCCUUAAAGCCCACAUGAGAGUUCACACUGGAGAAAAGCCUUACACCUGCCAACAGUGUGGAAAGAGUUUCAGUGAGAAAGGAAGCCUUACAGCCCACAUGAGAAUUCACACUGGAGAAAAGCCUUACACCUGCCAACAGUGUGGACAGAGUUUCGCUGUAAAAGGAAGCCUUAAAGCCCACAUGAGAGUUCACACUGGAGAAAAGCUUCAUACCUGCCAAGAGUGUGGAAAGAGUUUCAGUCGAAAAGAAGGCCUUAUAGCCCACAUGAGAAUUCACACUGGAGAAAAGCCUUAUAUCUGCACUCUGUGUGGGAAUGGCUUCCCACAGGAACGGAGCCUCAGGCAACACAUGAGAAUUCACACUGGAGAAAAGCCUCAUACCUGCCAACAGUGUGGAAAGAGUUUCAGACACAAAGGAAACCUUAUAGCACACAUGAGAACUCACACUGGAGAAAAGCCUUAAGCCUCGUUUACACUGCACGAGGCUACUGAAGAUAAAAUACAAAAUAAAGUCAAAUUAAUCACCCUGAUUUAACUCCCGCUCUUAUUUCACAUCACUAGGAGGCCAGAAAAUGAAGACAAGAGAUUCGAAGUUAAAAAACUUGACAUUUGUUUGUUCUUGUCAUCCAUAACUGGACUUUUUUUUAGUGUAUUAACUUUGUCUGUAGGCAACAGCAAAAUAAAGUAUGGCAUAUCAAUAAACACAAUCAAAUAUAUAAAUAUAACCAUUUAGCCAUUUAAAAACACGAAAGCCUUGGAGAACUGAAGGGUGAUAAUCAAAAUUCCAUUUCCUCUUCACUAUAUAUACAGUGGGUACGGAAAGUAUUCAGACCCCCUUUAAUUUUUCACUCUUUGUUAUAUUGCAGCCAUUUGCUAAAAUCAUUUAAGUUCAUUUUUUUCCCUCAAUGUACACACAG